AUGGCUAUGGAACGCGGGCUCAAGCCCAGCACUUCGCAACCGCGGCGCAAGUCGCAAAACGCAGCGCCCAUCGACGACGAAGACACCCGUGCAGUCAAAGAAUUCACCGAGGCAGCCACGAAGCAAUAUGGACGCGGCGAUCGCAUACGGCCAAAGUCAGUCAAGGACAAGAAGCUGCGAUCCAACAUCAAGUCGCUCGAGGCGAAGAACAAGCAGGCAGCGAUAGAGGCGAAGAAUGUCGAAGUUCUGCUCGAGAACAACCCUGGAUUGAUGGAACCCGAAAACGAGCUGGAAAGGACAUACAAAGUGCGACAAGAUGAAAUUAAGCGGGAGGUUGGUGUCGAGACGGCAAAGAAGAGCUUCGAGCUGCGGUUAGAAGGUCUUGGGCCAUACGACGUAUGCGAAUACAGUCGCAAUGGUAGAGACUUGUUGAUUGCGGGCAGAAAAGGCCAUGUCGCAACUUUCGACUGGAGAGACGGAAAGCUUGGCUGCGAACUACAACUCAACGAGACGGUACGAGACGCGCGAUGGCUACACACGAGUAAUCAGAAGAACUUUGCGGUAGCGCAGAAGAACUGUGUCUAUAUCUACUCGGGCGACGGUGUUGAGAUGCACAAGCUCAAGAACCAUUCCGAAGCCACACACCUCGAAUAUCUGCCAUAUCACUUCCUUCUUGCAUCGGUGUCGACGGCGGGCAUAGUACGAUAUACCGAUGUUUCUACCGGACAGUCACUACAGCAGCUUUACACAAAGCUCGGCCCCUCAACCGCUCUCGCACAAAACCCACAUAACGCAAUCCUACACGUCGGCCAUCAAAAAGGUCUCGUCACAUUGUGGUCGCCCAACAGCGCUACGCCCCUCGUCAAGCUCCUCCCACAUCGCGGCCCAGUACGAAGCAUCGCGGUAGAUAGGUCAGGAACCUACAUGGUCAGCACAUCACAAGACCGACGCAUGUCUGUCUGGGACAUCCGUAUGUUCAAAGAGAUGCAUCAACAAACGCUCCGCGUCCCGGGCACCACGCUCUCCAUCUCAGACCGCAACCUCACAGCCGUCGGCUUCGGCACGCAAACCGCCAUCUACAAAGACGACCUCUUCCGACGAAACGCCGAAGACCAAACUCCACCCAUAAUGCCGUACAUGGGCUGGGGCGGUGAAGGACUAAACAUUGGUCGCGUACGCUUCUGCCCCUUUGAAGACGUCCUCGGUAUAUCACACGACAAGGGCUUCUCCUCCAUCAUCGUCCCUGGUUCCGGUGAACCCAACCCUGAUACCCUCGAACCGGGCACCAACCCUUACGAGACUUCCAAGCAACGUCGCGAAACAGAAGUCCACGCUCUUCUCGAGAAGAUCCAACCCGAGAUGAUUGCGCUCGACCCCAACUUUGUCGGUAACCUUGAUUUGGCGACCAACGAGGAGCGGCAGAGGGAGAUCAGGGCGGCGAGAGGAGAGAAGGAACCGGAUAAGGUGGAUAUGCUGAAGAAGAGGGGUAAGGGUAGGAACUCUGCGCUUAGGAGAUACCUGAGGAAGAGCGGGACGAAGAACGUGAUUGAUGAGGAGAAGGAGAGGGCGAGAGAGGCGCUGAAGAAUAUGCAGAGAAGGCAGAUUGAGAGGAAGGAGAGAUUGAAGAAGGAGUAUGGUCCUGCGCUUGAGAGGUUUGCUAGGAAGUGA